AUGCACGCACAGUUUUCCAACAGCCUCGACGUGUUGCUGGAGGUCAGAGCCGAGCAGUUGUCAAUCCACGAGCUGGCAGCUCUGCGCGCCGUGUGCGCCCAGCUCAAGCAGCAGGUCUGCGAGGCAGUACGCAGCCUGCAUGCCGCCGAGCUUGCCAAGAUUCUCCAGUGCACGACGACCUUUCCAGCAGUGGAGGAGGUUCGACUCGUCGAGAUCGAUUUCACGGAGUGGGCGGCGCAUUGCGCAGAGCGACUCGCGCACCGUGUCGCCACUCACAUCUUGUGGUUACGGAACGAACCGAACCACCGGUUCGUUGACCGCGCAAAUGCGUUGACCUGCUGGCAGACGCUGCUGGUCAGCCGGCUUCUUGGCGUGCAGCCGCUGGAGCUGGGCCUCUCGGACGUGGCCACCGUAGAGGCCAUGGAUCGAAACCAGCUGAUUUUGCGGCUGGAGGACAUGUUCCACUCUGGCCAGGACAUGGUGAGCGAUUCGCGGCUCCAGCCAGAAUCUUGGCGCCGCUCGCCGGCGGGUAUGCUCCAAUGGGACUCCGUCGACGCGAUCCUGCCAGAUGGGCGACGCGGCAUCUUCCAUGCGUCCCUCGACAGCGUCGUCGGCUGGAGGGCCAGUCAAGGGCGAACGAUCGACCGCGGCGCGGCGUUCCUCUAUCUGCGCUGGUUCACGCGCACAUUCGGUAUCGGCACGCACCCGAAGGCAUGUGUGCAUCAUGCGCUGCGUGCUCACGCGGAGAUCCGCGCGCUGCGUGGCCUCCUUCGCGACGCCACACGAACAGAGUCGGCCGAUGGGCUGCUGCGCCUGCUCCGCCAGCAAUUCGGCGCCGAGCGGACAGCUUCGAUGCAGAUCAGCCUUCGAAACGUGAUCAGCGGGGCGAGGUCGCCGGGCGACGAUUUCCCGUUGCCUGGGGUGGUUCCGGCGCUCGCAACGAGCUUCGAGGAGAUGGUGAGAGAGGUCGCAACGCACGACUUGGAGCACGACAAGCGCGGCAUCCUUCGGCGCAAGUGGAGGGCUGUGCUCUCCGGCUUGCACGCUUUUCGUCAUGGCUUCAGCCGAGUGCAACAGCUCGUGGACGAGCUGACUGCAGAUCAGCCCUGA